GUGAGCAUUGCAACUGGCAAUCAUGUGGAAUGCAUUAAGGAUUCAGCAGAUUUUGCGGCUACUCCCGAUUCUGCUUCACCUGUCGCCGUUCUGUUCUGCCCAACAGACGCACAUUAAGUUGGAGCAGGGCGAUCUCAUUGGGCUCAAGGUCUUUCCAGAUGGGACACGUGGCGCUGUCUACGCUUUCUUGGGCAUUCCCUACGCCCAGGCUCCACUCAACGAACUACGAUUUGCUCCCGCCAAGCCGAGCUCCAGUUUCAAUCGCACCCUCCAGGCCACCACCAUGCAGCCCCUAUGUCCGCAGCUCGCGAACACCAUCUACGACGAGAGCUCCGAUGGCGGCAUGCCGAGAUCAGUGAGCACCGACGAGGACUGCCUGUACCUGAACAUUUGGACGCCGGAGUCGGGGAUGCGGUAUGGCAAGCUGCCCGUAGUGGUCAUUGUCACGGGUGAGGAGUUCGCCUACGACUGGCCCAGAAAUCGCAUCAAUGGCUUGGAUCUGGCUGGAGAGGGCAUUGUGGUGGUCAGUGUCCAAUACCGAAAUAAUAUCUACGGAUGGCUGAGUCUGGGCGAACAGCACCGUAAUGUGCCUGGCAAUUAUGGAUUAAGUGAUGUUCAGAUGGCACUGCGUUGGAUUCAAAGGAAUGCAGAUGCCUUUGGCGGCAAUCCAGAUCACAUUACUCUCCUGGGGCAUGGGAGUGGAGGAGCCCCUCUGGCACUGGUUGCUACGCUGGAGGAUUCCAGCUUGGUAAAACAACUGGUGCUCAUGUCACCCGGUCCUAUUAUGCGUGCCUUGGGCCAGAGUCACCAAAAGCGGAUAGUGGAAACUGGUCAGGUGCUGGUACAGAAAUUGGGCUGCCAAUUUGAGGAGGCCCAACGUCGCCAGUUGAUGGGUUGUCUUAGGCGCAAGAGCCGGGAGGACUUGCUCCGUGCCUACGAAAGCGUCUAUAACCAUGGCAACGGAAGCUCCCAGCUGGGAGUGAUUCUACCCGAAGGUUUGCCACUCGAACAACGGCUUCGUAACACAACGUUGCCCCCCGUACUUCUGGGCAUCACCUCCAACGAAGGAGCCUUCCUGCAGGACUACUGGCUGGAUGUGGCCAGGGAGGGUCAGGUGGCGCUUCAUAGGUACAUCAAUCACACAUUGUUGCCAAGUGUGAUGCGUGCAUUAGAAUCUGUGGGUGAGGAGAGCUCCUCCCAACUGGCGGCCAUUAGAUGGAGGUACUUCAAUGGCAAAGGAGAUGGAGUCAGUCACUUGCUGACUGGAAUGCAGCGCUUACUCUCGGAAUCGCUCUAUGAGUUACCCUUCUCACGACUCUUGGAGCUUUUGAAUGGAACCACUAGCUAUGCCUACGUAUUCGACCAGUCCCACUCGAUGGACAUGCGUGGCAAAAGGAAUCUUUUCGGUGGAGCCUCCCACAGCUCAGAUCUGCCACUUCUGCUAGGUCCGAGCCUGUUCCAGCAGAUAGCUCGUCGCAGAUUUAGUGGCGAGGAGGAGCAGCUUUGUCGGAAAAUAAGAGGCGCCUUUGCGAACUUCAUUAAAAAUGGCAACCCCACACCAGGGCGAAUAUACGACGGAUGGUUACCCUAUAACAAGGAGAACCCAUUCGUUUACAGCUUGGGAGAACAAGCAAAGACCGCGCAGACAGGAUCAGUGGAUGAAGCCGAGGUGGAUAAGCUACUUAAAGGGGAGACAGAAGCCCCAGGACUAGACAGAAGCUUAUCGCGUAGCAACCGGCAUGAUACCUACAGAGCAGCACCCUCCAAUUCCUACAGGGCCAGCAAUCAACUGGACUCCGGUUACUCCAACCACUUGCAAAAGGUUUACGGCUUCUGGCAGGUGCUAAUGCCCCUGGAAAGAGAGGAAGACUUGAGGGGAGGAGGAGCUCUGGGCCAGCGAGUACGGCUCUUGGAAGCGAGUGCCGAUGCAGCACGCUACCGCCAGGGAUUCUAUGCAAUGCUGGGACUAGUGUGCCUGCUCCUUGCCUGCCUGUGCCUGUGCGUUUAUCUUCUCAAAAGAGACCCGAACGCAAUGCGAAGACGCAGUGCGUCCUCGACUUCAGAUUGCUACAGCUUAUGACAUAAGUGGUU